UCUAUUAACUUGUUCAAAAAAGUAUCAGGAGUUGUCAAGGCAGAGAAGAGAGUGUUUGCAAAAGGGGGAAAGUAGUUUGCUGCCUCUUUAAGACUAGGACUGAGAGAAAGAAGAGGAGAGAGAAAGAAAGGGAGAGAAGUUUGAGCCCCAGGCUUAAGCCUUUCCAAAAAAUAAUAAUAACAAUCAUCGGCGGCGGCUGGAUCGGCCAGAAGAGGAGGGAAGCGCUUUUUUGAUCCUGAUUCCAGUUUGCCUCUCUCUUUUCUUCCCCCAAAUUAUUCUUCGUCUGAUUUUCCUCGCGGAGCCCUGAGCUCCCGACACCCCCGCCCGCCUCCCCUCCUCCUCUCCCCCCCGCCCGCGGGCCCCCAAAGUCCCGGCCGGGCCGAGGGUCGGCGGCCGCCGGCGGGCCGGGCCCGCGCACAGCGCCCGCAUGUACAACAUGAUGGAGACGGAGCUGAAGCCGCCGGGCCCGCAGCAAACUUCGGGGGGCGGCGGCGGCGGCGGCGGCGGCGGCGGCAACUCCACCGCGGCGGCGGCGGGCGGCAACCAGAAGAACAGCCCGGACCGCGUCAAGCGGCCCAUGAACGCCUUCAUGGUGUGGUCCCGCGGGCAGCGGCGCAAGAUGGCCCAAGAGAACCCCAAGAUGCACAACUCGGAAAUCAGCAAGCGCCUGGGCGCCGAGUGGAAACUUUUGUCGGAGACGGAGAAGCGGCCGUUCAUCGACGAGGCCAAGCGGCUGCGAGCGCUGCACAUGAAGGAGCACCCGGAUUAUAAAUACCGGCCCCGGCGGAAAACCAAGACGCUCAUGAAGAAGGAUAAGUACACGCUGCCGGGAGGGCUGCUCGCCCCGGGCGGCAACAGCAUGGCGAGCGGGGUCGGGGUGGGCGCCGGCCUCGGCGCGGGCGUGAACCAGCGCAUGGACAGCUACGCGCACAUGAACGGCUGGAGCAACGGCAGCUACAGCAUGAUGCAGGACCAGCUGGGCUACCCGCAGCACCCGGGCCUCAACGCGCACGGCGCCGCUCAGAUGCAGCCCAUGCACCGCUACGACGUGAGCGCCCUGCAGUACAACUCCAUGACCAGCUCGCAGACCUACAUGAACGGCUCGCCGACCUACAGCAUGUCCUAUUCGCAGCAGGGCACCCCUGGCAUGGCUCUUGGCUCCAUGGGCUCGGUGGUCAAGUCCGAGGCCAGCUCCAGCCCCCCCGUGGUUACCUCUUCUUCCCACUCCAGGGCGCCCUGCCAGGCCGGGGACCUCCGGGACAUGAUCAGCAUGUACCUCCCCGGCGCCGAGGUGCCGGAGCCCGCCGCCCCCAGCAGACUUCACAUGUCGCAGCACUACCAGAGCGGCCCGGUGCCCGGCACGGCCAUUAACGGCACACUGCCCCUCUCGCACAUGUGAGGUCCGGACAGUGAACUGGAGGGGGCGGGUUAGAAAUUUUCAAAGAAAAAGAGGGAAAUGGAAGGAGAGCAAGAAACACCAAGGAGAAAAACCCGGUACGCUCA